GUCGUCAUCGAAGUUGGUCAUCAGCUGUUUUCCAACUUGUAAGUUAUUUAUUUCGGCGCGUUUCAAACACGUUUUAGUUUAUUGUUUUUAAGUUUAUGUAUAAAAAGCAAAAUUAUGGAUGAUGAUGACAUUGCACUGCCCGCUGAUACAUUGGCCAUUUUAAAUGAAUUUCUGGCCGAACGAUCCAAACGUGAAGCCGAUGAAGAAGAGCGAGUGGUAAACAAAACUGGAAGAGAAGCCAAGUUUGAAGAAGAUUGGCAACUUAGCCAAUUCUGGUAUAGCGAACACACAAAAAUUACUCUUCGCGAUGUAGUGAGACAAUUGGUAAAGGAGCAUGGAGAUAAAGACUUUACGAUAGCCUUAUUAUCCUGUCCUUCCUUGUAUAAGAAUAUCAAAGAUAUUCAUGAUAAAGUCCAUAUAUUUGAAUACGACAGACGAUUUGAAGCCUACGGAUCUGAUUUUGUUCAUUACGACUUUAAUUGUAUAGACCAAAAUGCCGAUUAUUUAAAGUCACAUCAUAAUUCAUAUGAUUUAAUCAUAGCUGAUCCACCAUUUCUUAGCCAAGAGUGCAUGGAAAAGAUGUCAAAAAUUAUCCUUAAACUCCAGCGUAAGGAUAGUAAUGCCAAGUUAAUAUUUUGCUCUGGUGAGGUUGUUGAACCUUGGUUAACUGCUUUGCUGCCAGUCCAUAAAUGCAAAUUUCACCCUCAGCAUGAACGUAAUUUGGGCAACGAAUUCGUUAGUUAUGCCAACUUUAAUUUAGACAAUUAUACAAUUUGUGAAAAUAAAUAAAGCAAAAAAUGUGUGUGUGUGGAUAAAA